AUGAAGCACCCAGAGAAGCCCUUGGCUUCUGUGCUGCCAGAGGAGCCCGUUCCCCUGGGGAGGGAGAGUGCCUCGCAGCCACGCCGGCGCACCACGGGCUCUGCUGUGAGGCUGGACAAGCUCUCGGAGGUUGCCAAGGUGAACACGGACGCCAUCCGCUUGGCCCAGGAGGAGAUCUGUGAGUACCGCCGCCAGCUCCAGUCCAAAACCACCGAGCUUGAAGCCCUCAAAGGGACCCAGGAGUCACUGGAGAGGCAGCGACAGGACUCAGAGGAGCGCCAUCAUGCAGAUGUCCUGUCCUACCAGGAAACCAUCCAGCAGCUUGACAGUGAGCUGAGGAACACCAAAUGGGAGAUGGCAGCUCAGCUCCGGGAGUACCAGGAUCUGCUCAAUGUCAAAAUGGCCCUGGACAUUGAAAUUGCUGCCUAUCGAAAGCUCUUGGAAGGAGAGGAAUAUCGGAUUGAGUCUGGCUAUGGGAUGCUCUCCUUCCCCGAGGUGGUCCCUAAGGCUCCCAGCAUCACCACCGACAUCAAGGUGAAGAGUGAGGAGAAGAUCAAGGUGGUGGAAAAAUCUGAGAAGGAAACGGUGAUUGUGGAGGAGCAGACAGAGGAAAUCCAGGUGACCGAGGAGGUCACAGAGGAGGAGGAGGCAGCUGAGAAAGAAGCUGAAGAGGAGGAAGAAGAGGAGAAGGCUGAAGCAGAGGGUGAAGAGGAGGCCAAGUCUCCUGAAAAAGAGGUCAAGUCCCCAGCAAAACCUGCAACCCCCUCAAAGGAGGAGGCCAAGAGCCCAACUGUCAAGUCCCCUGAAAAACCACCAACCCCCUCAAAGGAGGAGGCCAAGAGCCCAACUGUCAAGUCCCCUGAAAAACCACCAGCCCCCUCAAAGGAUGAAGCCAAAAGUCCAACAGUGAAGUCACCAGAGAAACCUGUGACCCCCUCAAAAGAGGAGGCCAAGAGCCCAGCCAUGAAGUCUCCAGAGAAACCCCCAACCCCCUCAAAGGAGGGAGCCAAGAGCCCAGCUGUGAAGUCUCCAGAGAAACCCCCAACACCCUCAAAGGAGGGGGCUAAGAGCCCAGCUGUGAAGUCUCCAGAGAAACUGCCAACCCCCUCAAAGGAAGGAGCCAAGAGCCCAGCUGUGAAGUCUCCAGAGAAACCUGCAACCCCCUCAAAGGAGGAGGCCAAGACUCCAGCUGUCAAAUCCCCUGAAAAGCCCCUGAUGCCCUCAAAGGAUGAGGCCAAGACCCCAGCUGUGAAGUCCCCAGAGAAACCCGCACCCCCCUCAAAAGAGGGGGCCAAGACCCUGGCUGUCAAGUCCCCAGAGAAACCCUCAACCCCCUUGAAAGAAGAGGCCAAGACCCCGUCUGUGAAGUCCCCAGAGAAACCUGCAACUCCCUCAAAAGAGGAAGCCAAAACUCCAUCUGUCAAAUCCCCAGAAAAACCCCCAACCCCCUCUAAAGAGGAGGCCAAGAUGCCAGCUGUGAAGUCCCCAGAGAAGCCACCAACCCCCUCAAAGGAGGAGGCCAAAACCCCAGCUGUGAAGUCCCCUGAGAAAGUCAAAUCUCCUGUGAAGGAGGAGGCCAAGUCUCCGCAGAAAGAAGUGGCCCCAGCCAAGGAGCCCACCCCCUCCCCUCCGAAGGAGCUGAAAGCCCCUGCAAAGGAAGAGCAGCCCAAGGAGGUGAAGGCUCCCUCCAAGCCCGGAGCUGAGGAGGGCAGGAAAGAGGAGGCUCCCAAGAAGGAUGUCCCGGCCAAGGGGGAGGAGAAGCCCGAAGAGAAGGCGGCUGCUGUGCCAGAGCCUCCGGCCCCACAGGUGAAGGAGACCACCAAGCCAGGCCCCAAACCUGCAGAAGGAAGGGCUGAGAAGGAGGCUCCGCCAAAACCUCAGCAGGAGGCUGUUGCAAAGCCAAAGGCUGAGGAGCCCAAGAAGGAGAAGGUGGAGGAGCCCAAAGCUAAAGCAAAACCCAAAGAUGAGCCCAAAGCCAGUAAAGAGCCCCCCAAGGCCGAGGCCCCCGCCAGCAAGGAAGGCAAAGCCACAGAACCGGCACCCGCCACGGGGAAGAAGUGAGCAGAGCCCCAGGCGCCAAAGAGCACCUCUGGGUGUGGGAACUGCUCCGCUCCCCUCCGAUGGCUGAGCCCGGGGUGGGGACGCCCCGCCAGGCCGGGCUUUCCCUUAGCAAUAUGUCCGUGUGAGAGAUGCAGCCCCCUGCUGCCCUGCCCCGGCGGUUUGGCCGAUAGCUUCCCUAGCAGAAUGUGAUAUUCGCCGAGCGCCACAUUUAAACACUUGAAUUAUAACCGAGGAGAAGAGACCCCAGGGGAACCGACUGCCCUUCUCCAAUAAGUGCAUUUAUUUAAUGUUAUGUGCAAUUGAUGGAUGAGUGCAAUGCAGAGCUCUAGCUGCUUGGGAGGGGGCUGGUGGGGUCCUCCCCCGGCCUGGGGGUGACAACUGUCCCUCCGAGCGGUGACCCAGGCUGCAGCUGCCUUCAGUGGGAGAGGCUGGGUGCUGCCAGAAUGCUCACAGACACACAGUGCACUAGGAACCUCAACCCACUCUUAUUUGCUUUCUGUGCAAUAACCAAAUAAAAGUGCUUACAGAGA